CUUUCAAUUGCGCCAUUUUGGAUAGGGCAGAAUCUAGGCAAGGAGGGGUGUAUUGUCUCUAUAGGGAAGAGAUGGGAAUGUAUUAUUAUCAGUAAACAGAGUAAACACAUUUUUGGAUUACGCUUAAUUGUAAUAUUUAAAUGAACUCUGCCAUGUAUUUUGAUACAAUGGGUAUCUAAUAUGUUUAUCCAGUAAAAUGAGUUAGAGCGGCACUUCAUCCCCGGCUGCGGAGGAUACAGUACUCUCUGUCGAAUAAUAGUGAGGAGUCGAGCUCCCUCUCUCGGUGUGGUGUGACUGCUUGGAGACGUUGGACGUCAAGACGGUUAUUCCUGGCCACUUAUUUGGAGGAAUAGGAAGGAAAGUGAUUGUGUUUAACGACUUGUCACAGUUUCUCUUAAUUGAGAUAAUCCAUACCAACGGGAGCACAGUAUCUCAAACCAGGUGAGCAGCAUGUUCCAGCUCCCGGUCAACAACCUGGGCAGCUUGCGGAAAGCCAGGAGAAACGUAAAGCGGGUUCUGGGAGACAUCGGCCUGGAAUUUUGUAAAGACCACAUUGAGGACUACAAAGACUAUGUCCCUAAUGAAUUCUACAUCAAGCACACCACCUGGGAUGACGUGUGUAUGUGGGAUCCUUCACUGACUAAAGCCCAGGACUACAGGUCCAAGCCUUUCUGCUGCUCCGGCUGCCCCUUCUCCUCCAAGUUCUUCUCAGCGUACAAGAGCCACUUCCGCAAUGUCCACAGCGAGGACUUCGAGAGCCGCAUCCUACUCAACUGCCCCUACUGCACCUACAAUGGGAACAAGAAGACCCUGGAGACGCACAUCAAGCUGUUCCACGUGCCCAACAACGUGGUGCGCCAGGGUCCCGGGGGCAUGCCAGGGCAGGCGGGGGGGCUGAAGGACGGCAUGCAGCUCGGCAGGAGGCCCGGGGAGAGCAUCGAGCAGGCUGUGUACUACUGCAAGAAGUGCACGUACAGGGACCCUCUUUACAAUGUGGUGCGCAAGCACAUCUACAGAGAACACUUUCAGCACGUGGCCGCGCCCUACCUGGUUAAGCCCGGGGAUAAGGCCACGCCCAAUGGGGCAGCAGGGGGCGCCACUGCGGGGAACACGGACAGCAGUGGGAACACCACUACCCACGUCAGUACUAAUGCCAACAGCAACACCAUCCACUGCAAGCGGUGCCUCUUCGUGCCACGCACCUAUGAGGCUCUAGUGCAGCACGUUAUCGAGGACCACGAGCGCAUCGGUUAUCAGGUCACUGCCAUGAUCGGUCACACAAACGUGGUGGUGCCACGGUCCAAGCCCGUCAUCAUGGUGUCUCCCAAGCCGGGGGAGAAGACAGUCAUUGGGGUGGGACCCAAAGGUCAGCUGGUGACCACCACAGUGGGCGGGGUCCGCACCUUCUCCAGCCAGCAGCUCAGUCGGAUCGUCAUACCGAAGCCAGGGCUGAGCUCAACGGGACUCCUGUCUGGGGUUCACAUGAAGCAGGGGGCUUUUGGCUUAAAGAGCGGGACCUCUCAGUCCUUCUCUAUAGGCGGGCAGCAGGUGAGAAUCACUCUGCCUGGCAAUGCGCAGGUGUCUGUGCCCCAGCAUUCACAAGCUGCCAAACAGAACCUCCCCGGCCUGCGGAGCCCUGUGGUGGUGAGCUCCUCCUCGUCCACGCUGAAGACCACCCAGCUGAACUCCCGGGUCCAGGCGGCUGCCACCACGGUGGCCUCUGUCACGGCCAAGGGGAAGGGGGGCUCGUCCGUCCUGGGCACAUCCUACACGCAGAAGUGGAAGAUCUGCACUAUCUGCAACGAGCUCUUCCCGGAGAACGUAUACAGCUCACAUUUUGAGAAGGAGCACAAGGCAGAGAAGGUCCCAGCCGUGGCCAACUACAUCAUGAAGAUCCACAACUUCACCAGCAAGUGUCUGUACUGUAACCGCUACCUGCCCAGCGACACGCUUCUCAACCACAUGCUCAUCCACGGCCUGUCCUGCCCGCACUGCCGCGCCACCUUCAACGAUGUGGAGAAGAUGGUGGCGCACAUGCGGCAGUCCCACCCGGACCAGACGCUGGGGCCCCGCACCGACUCCCCCCUGACCUUUGACCUCACCCUGCAGCAGGGCAACCCCAAGAACGUCCAACUGAUUGUCACCACCUACAACAUGAGAGACGCGCCCGAGGAGUCGGUGGCCUUCCACGCCCAGAGUGCCUCGUCUUCCGCGCAGACGGGCAAGAGGACCGUGCCCAGCCAACCACCGAAGAUGCCCUCGGAUUCAGAAGACUGCUCACCUGCCAAGAGUGCCCCCCAAGCGGCUGUGCCGUACAAGAAAGACGUGGGCAAGACGCUGUGCCCGCUGUGCUUCUCCAUCCUGAAGGGCCCCAUCUCCGACGCCCUGGCACACCACCUGAGGGAGAGACACCAGGUCAUCCAAACGGUGCACCCGGUGGAGAAGAAACUCACCUACAAAUGCAUCCACUGUCUGGGUGUGUACACCAGCAACAUGACCGCCUCCACCAUAACGCUGCACCUGGUGCACUGCCGUGGCGUCGGCAAGACCCAGAACGGACAGGACAGCCGGCCCGCCCCUUCCUCCAGGGUCUCCCAGGCCCAGGGCACUGCACUCAAACGGGCCGGCUUUGACAACGGUGACCCUGGCGACCUGAAGCGGCGUAAGCUGGCACCCGGAGAGCAGGAGGGACCGGCAGCUUUUGUAGAGAACCCGGAUGAUCCCGUGAACUUGGUCCUUGACCCUAAAGGUCACGAGGACGAGUCGUAUGAGGCGCGGAAGGCCUUCCUGACACAGUACUUUAACCGGGAGCCCUACCCGACGCGUAGGGAGGUGGAGAAGCUUGCCGGCAGCCUGUGGUUGUGGAAAUCUGAUAUCUCUAGUCACUUUACCAACCGCAGGAGGAAAUGCACACGGGACUGUGAGACCCAGAAGGCCCAGGUGUUGCUGGGCUUUAACAUGCGGGAGGUCAGCCGGCUCAGCCACCAACUGACCUUUGACCCCGAGUGCUUUUCUGCGGACAAAGACAGCGGGGAGACGGUGGAGAGGCGGACAUCUAGAACGUGCAUCGGGCGGUCUGAGCAGGCCAUCCGCCGCAUGGAGGAGAGUGCCGCGGUCAACGGUGCCGCCACACUCCAACCGGGUACGCCGGCCGGGUCUGACGGUGGGGUCAGGGACUCCACCCAACCCAACGGGGAUGCCAGUAGCGACCAAAACAAGACAGUCGGAACCUUAAAACUGAGAGGGCCUCAGUAUCCAUCAGAACCUAUUGCUAUUGACUCGGACAGCGAUGAGGAAAUGGAGGAGGAGGAGGAAGAGGAUGAGACGGGGGGAGUAGAAGUAAAUUCCAGGGGAAGUGACAGGCUGGCUGCAGGGACAGAGGGGGAGGUGGUAGGGACUGGGGCCCUCUCCGGCUCAGACCUAGAGGAUAUGGAGGAUGGGUCAGAGGAAGAUGAGGGUCAUGUCGAGAAUGGAUACGGCUCUUCAGCAUUGCCGGAGAGACCGGGUAAGGGGAAGGAAGCUGUUGCCAAUCUUGGACAAUCAGGAAGUGAAAAAACAAGGGCCCAAGUCGGCAAGCAGCAGGUCUGACCAAUGGACACACACACACACAAAUAACACACACAGAGACGUUAUUGACAUUUGAUCCAUGCCAACAACUCUGCCUCACCCGAACUCUAGAGCUGGAAACAGUCAAUGGUGACAUGAUGGACAGCAAGAGGGUGUAAAAGAUUGCCUCUUUUCACUUCAACAAGCCAUCUAAUGAUGUUUAGACAAGUCAUGUCAAAAGCCAAUUGAUGCUGCUCUGCAGUGACAAGUAGCUAUGAGUUAUGUAAGAAUUUGUGAACAAACUUUUAACUUUUCCUCCAGGGGAAAAAUAUAACACUGAAGAUGCACCAAACGAUAGAACAUGAUCUGCCUUCUAUUUACUUUACUAGAAAAUUCAGAUAAGUACUUAUUCUUGUCCAUACGGCCACAAGUUACACUGUGGUGAGUCAUUAUGAGUUACUAGCUUUUGAGAGAAACUAGAUUAUCCCAAAUUUUUUAUGUAGUCAUGCAGGAAUAGCUAGUGUAUAUUUGUACAGUCUUUUAGACAUGUUUGGGAACAGACUACCGUAGAUGUACUCAUUAAAAUAUUUGCUAUACUACUUUCUGUAUACAAGCUAGCCUCAUAUGUUCUACAUUGUUUUGCUAGGCAAUAGAUAUCGCUUUGGUGGCUGGUAUUUUCUGUAUGGUUUUUGUUAAUUUUUUUAACAAAACCAUAGCAUUUUUGCUAAAUAAUAUAUCUAUAUAAAUGCAACUUUAAAUUAACAUAAUCAUUUGCUUUCUUUUAUUUCUUUUUCUUUAUGAUUGAUAUUACUUUUUUAUUUGGAGUUCAAACUUUGGUUCUAUUGAAAGAACAGUUCCACCCACUUGGUCAGAGUAAAGGGGCAUUUCAGCUGAUCUCUCUGUAGCCCAGUGCUUUGUAGUCUAGAUUGUAUUUGCUUUGUCUCUUCACGUACCUAUCUUUUCCUUACUUUGCCACAGAAUGGACUUUUGCUGUCGCCUGUGAAACUGACACAGCAUUGCUAUUAAUAUGACUUUUCUGUGUGUAUGUUUAUUUUGUGGUCUUCAAUUUGUGUAUAUUGGUUUCGUUUUUAUUUUUCACUUAAGCAUUUAUGAAUAAUAAAGUGCUGUAUUGUGCUUCUCACAGUG